AUGGGCAUGAAGAAGGAUCUUCUUCUCGUGCUUACCAUCGAAUCUGUCGUUCUCGGUGUCGUACUAGGCUUUGUUAUUAGGCCUUUCAAUCCGAGCAAUGAUACCAUCAGUCUCAUUGGUUUUCCUGGUGAAAUUUUCAUGCAAAUCGUUGAGAUGAUGAUCUUGCCAUUGAUUAUGUCAUCUGUAAUAUCUGCUUUGGCUCAAGUUCGUGCACGCGAUGCUCGUCGUAUUGGUAUAGUGACUAUCAUAUAUUACAUGACAACUACAUUCCUGUCAACUUUCACAGGAAUCAUUCUUGUGUCUUCUAUCCAUCCUGGUGACCCUGAAUUAAUUCAUGAACUUGGAGAAGGAACUUUAGAGAAUACAGCACUUUCAACAUUGGAUACGUUUCUCGAUCAGAUAAGAAAUAUGUUUCCUGAGAAUAUCAUUCAAGCCACAUUCCAACAAGUUCAAACGGAAUAUAUGCCGAUCAAGCCGUCACGUGUUCGUAACUCUACAUCAAUGAAUAUGACAUCAGAAAUAUUACACAAACAGACCCUCACUUAUACAAAUGAAAUGAAUGUUUUAGGUUUGAUUGUGUUCUGCAGUGGAUUUGGAAUUAUCUUGAGUAUUUUGGGAGAUCAGGCUCGUCUCAUGAUCAACUUUUUCAUUGUUUUGGAUGCUAUUAUCAUGAGAUGGAUUAGUGCUCUCAUGUGGUGUUAUCCAAUUGGAAUUCUGUCUCUUGUCUGUAAAAACAUUAUUGAUAUUGACAACUUGACAGAGACUGCUCAAGCUCUUGCCAUGUACGUAGUUACAGUAAUCUGUGGAUUGAUGAUUCACUCUCUUCUCACUCUACCUCUUCUCUAUUUCCUUGUCACCAAAAAAUCUCCAUUUGCAUUCAUGACCGGAAUGCUUCAAGCGCUUGCAACUGCUUUUGGAACAGCUUCAUCUGGUGCCACGUUACCAGUCACAUUCCGUGCUUUGGAAGAAAAUCUGAAAAUUGAUCGAAGAGUGACUAGAUUCGUACUUCCACUUGGAGCAACUAUUACUAUGGAUGGAACUGCACUUUAUGAAGCUGUUGCUGUCAUUUUCAUUGCUCAAUUGCAUAAUAUCAAACUAAGUUUAAUGGAUUUAGUGACUAUUAGUAUCACGACUACGGUAGCUUCAAUUGGAUCAGGAUCAGUUCCAGCUGGUUUGGAUACUAUUGUUAUCGUUUUGACAACUGUUGGAUUACCUGCAAAAGAUCUCAGUUUGUUGUUGACUGUUGAUUGGUUACUGGACCGUAUUCGUACAUCUGUCAAUGUUCUCGGAGACAGUUUUGGAGCUGGAAUUAUUCAUCAUCUAACCCGUUCAUCCCUUCUUGAAGCUGAUACUGAUGACCUCAUUCGCCAGAUUCGUGAAGAUAUUGAUAUUCUGAACAACCCGCAUCAAGAUACUCUUCCGAUUUCUCAUCACAGUGUUCAGUCAACAAUUCAAAAUACUCAGAACUCAAUGCAGGCUCCCCAUAUCUACUCAAAGUCCGCUCGAGCCUCUUUUGCGCCAGUUCCCAACGAAGAGGAACGAAAAGCGUUGCUGAAAGAAUCGAUUGCAUUGAACAAAUCUGAAACUCAUAUCGUUUAG